ACACGGUGAUGCAACUCAAGUUAAAUCUAUCAGUCGUCAUGCAGUUCUCACUAAAUCAAGACGGAAUUAUAUAUUAACCUUAAUAUCAAGUCAAGAAAGUUAUCUCUUUCUCUAAAAUUUGACACAACGAAAUAAAAAAAUAGUUCAAAAGUAAAAUUAGUCGAAUUUAUAAAAUUACUAAAUGUGAAUUAAAAAAUUAUCCUCUAAGAAAAAAUGGCAUCAAUUGAGAUACUCUGCAUAGUCGCUGUAAUUUUACUCUUCCUCUACGUCUACAGUUCAAAAAAUCAUGACUUUUGGAAAACACAAGGAGUCAAAGGUCCCGAGCCAAUACCAUUUUUGGGAAAUUUCAAAGACGUUUUACUAAAUCGUUUAGCGCCGGGUCAAUUGGCAAAAAUAUUUUACGAUCAAUUUAUUGAUGAAUCAAUGAUUGGCGUCUAUGCUCGUAGUACACCGAUAUUAAUAUUAAAAGAUCCGGAAUUAAUCAAAGACGUUCUUAUCAAGGAUUUUAAUAAAUUUGCCGAUCGUGGUUUGCCAUUGAAUGAAAAAAUUGAGCCACUUUCGCAAAAUCUUCUUAAUCUCGAACCAAAACGCUGGCGACCAUUGAGAAAGAAAUUAUCACCUGUUUUCACUUCGGGUAAAUUGAGAGAAAUGUUUUUUCUCCUUCUAGAAAGUGGAAAUCAUUUUGAAACAUAUUUAAGGAAAAUUGUACCAAAAAAUAAACCAAUAGAAUGUCGGUUAUUAACAUCAAAAUUCACAAUGGACGUAAUUGGUUCCUGUGCAUUUGGCAUCGAUAUUAAUACUCUGUCAGAUGAAGAAAAUGAUUUUAUAAGAAUGGGAAGAGAAAUUUUUGAUCUCGAUUUUUGGAGAUCGAUUAAGAGAAAAAUUAGGGAAUUAGCGCCUGGAUUAUUUUCAUUAUUGGGACCAAUAAUGAAAAAUAAGGAAUUGGAUAAUUUUUUCACUAGUUUAAUAACGGAUACAAUGAAAUUUAGAAAAGAGAAUAAUGUCGUUAGACAUGAUUUUGUUGAUUUAUUGAGAUACGUGAAAGAAAAUCCGGAGAAAUUGGAUGAUAUUGAAAUGACCGACAGUUUAAUAGCUGCACAAUGUUUUAUAUUUUUUGCUGCUGGGUUUGAAACUUCUUCUACAACAAUGAGUAAUGCUUUGUAUGAAUUAGCACUCAAUCCGUCUGUACAAGAUAAACUUCGAAAUGAAAUUCAACAAGUUUUAAAUAAAUCAGAGGGAAAGUUAACUUACGACAAUGUCAAGAGUAUGAAAUAUUUACAUAAAGUUUUUCAAGAAACUCUGAGGAAAUAUCCACCAGCAACAAUGUUAGUGCGAAGGGCCUCGGAAAAAUAUACAUUUUCCGGUACAAAUGUGACAAUUCCAAAAGAUACUAGAGUUUGGGUUCCGGUUUAUGCAAUGCACAGGGAUCCGAAAAAUUAUCCCAAUCCGGAAUUAUUCGAUCCCGAAAGGUUUGAAGAUGAGGAAAUAAAUUCCAGACAUGCAAUGGUUUAUUUACCAUUUGGCGAGGGACCGAGAAAUUGCAUUGGUGCCAGAUUUGCUGUAUUUCAGACAAAAAUCGGUCUUAUAAAAAUUUUACAAAACUAUCGUGUUGAAGAUUGUGAAGAAACGCCGAAGCCAUAUGUGAUAAAUCCAAGGGCUUUUCUCUUGGCCCCGAUAAAGGGAAUCUACUUAAAAUUUAUAGAAAUUUGUAUUAUUCCACAAAGUAUGGCGUUAAUUGAGAUACUGUGCAUUGUCGCUGUAAUUUUACUCUUUUUCUAUGUCUACAAUUCAAAAAAUCUUGACUUUUGGAAAAAUCAAGGAGUCAAAGGUCCUGAUCCACAUCCCAUUUUCGGAAAUUUUAAAGACAUUUUACUAAAUCGUCUAGCACUGGGUCAAAUGGUAAAAAAUUUGUACGAUCAAUUUAUUGACGAGUCAAUGAUUGGAAUCUAUGCACUUAGUACACCGAUAUUAAUAAUAAAAGCACCAGAACUUAUCAAAGACGUUCUUAUCAAGGAUUUCAAUAUAUUUUCCGAUCGUGGUUUGCCAGUGAAUGAAAAAAUUGAGCCACUUUCGCAAAAUCUUCUUAAUCUCGAACCAAAACGCUGGCGACCAUUGAGAAAGAAAUUAUCACCUGUUUUCACUUCGGGUAAAUUGAGAGAAAUGUUUUUUCUUCUUCUAGAAAGUGGCAAUCAUUUUGAAACCUAUUUACAGAAAAUUGUACCAAAAAAUGAACCGAUUGAGUGUCGUUUAUUAACGUCAAAAUUCACAAUGGACGUUAUUGGUUCCUGUGCAUUUGGCAUCGAUAUUAAUACUUUGUCAGAUGAGGAAAAUGAUUUCGUGAGAAUGGGUAGAAAAAUUAUUGUUCUCGAUUUUUGGAGAUCGAUUAAAGGAAAAAUUAGAGAUUUUUCUCCUGGAUUAUUUUCACUAUUGGGACCAAUAAUGAAAGAUGAGGAAUUGGAUAAUUUUUUCACUGGUUUAAUAACGGAUACAAUAAAAUAUAGAAAGGAGAAUCAUAUUGUUAGGCACGAUUUUGUCGAUUUAUUGAGAUACGUGAAAGAAAAUCCGGAGAAAAUGGAUGAUGUUGAAUUGACCGAUACUUUAAUAGCUGCACAAUGUUUUAUAUUUUUUGCUGCUGGGUUUGAAACUUCUUCUACAACAAUGAGUAAUGCUUUAUAUGAAUUAGCACUCAAUCCGUCUGUACAAGAUAAACUUCGAAAUGAAAUUCAACAAGUUUUAAAUAAAUCAGAGGGAAAGUUAACAUACGACAAUGUCAAGAGUAUGAAAUAUUUACAUAAAGUUUUUCAAGAAACUUUGAGGAAAUAUCCACCAGCAACAAUGUUAGUGCGAAUGUCUUCGGAAAAAUAUACAUUUUCCGGUACAAAUGUGACUAUUCCAAAGGAUACUAGAGUUUUGAUUCCAGUUUAUGCAAUUCAUCAGGAUCCGAAAAAUUAUCCCAAGCCGGAAUUAUUCGAUCCCGAAAGGUUUGAGGAUAAAGAAGUAAAUUCGAGAGAUUCAAUGCUGUAUUUGCCAUUUGGAGAAGGACCGAGAAAUUGCAUUGGAGCCAGAUUUGCUGUAUUUCAGACAAAAAUCGGACUUAUAAAAAUUUUACAAAACUAUCAUGUUGAAGAAUGUGAAAAAACGCCGAUGGAGUAUGUGAUAGAUCCAAAGGCUUUUCUUUUGACUCCGAAAGAGGGAAUUUACUUAAAAUUUACAGAAAUUUUUUAACAAUAGUUUAUAAAUAAAAUUUAUUUUUUCUUUCUA